UUUGUUUGUGACGAUCGCGAUUGUGACAUCCGACAUGACGUUUGUAUCACCAACGCCAUAGCGCGAAAAACGCACAAACACCCCGUCUGCUGUAGCUUCGAGGCACGGUCUGCGGCUAGCCACGUGUACAGUACCACGCGCGUUGAUGCUAAAGUCAAAAGUAAAUCAACAACAUUACCGUAAUUUCCCUACAUUUCGAUCUUCGUCUCUCAAGCUUCCUCUGCAAGGAGAUUGCGGAUUGGAGAUUCGCCACCAAAACACACAUUGUCAUUUACGGCGCGUCAACAACAUGGCGGGAAGUCGUCGCUUUGACAUGAUACUAUUACUGAUCGCCACGCUCGUCGCGAGUGUUGUUUCAUCGCCUACAUGGAUGUCACCGUCGACAUCAUCGUUGAACUCGAGGAGAGAGGGAAACGGGACGAGGUACUGUGGAUGGGAACUCAUGCAAAACAUUCAAAUUCCCAUCGCCAAACUCGGCAUCUGGUACGCCGAACAAACCGGUGAUCGCUCCUUAUGCGUAAAGCAAGAUGAUGGAUCCGAGUAUUGUACUUGCGUCUAUCAGUGCGGGAAUGGGGUUUGGAGGAACGAAGGAGGAGGGGAAAGCAAUAGCAUUGUUGCCAAAGAGGACGGUGUUGAGAGGGGGGGAAGUGAUGGAGGAAGUGGGGAUGAAGAAAAAGACGAAAUUGGUGAGCGGUAUGGGAACUGGGUACGAAAAGGAUUGGGUGACAAGUAUGGAAAGUGGAAGUAUGAGGUGGGGUGUAAGAAGUAUUGUCAUGCUGGGGUCUGUGAUGGGCAGAACUGAGGGGUAGUAGAGCAAAGUGAGGAACAUGACGUGGAUUCGCGGAGGCAAAGAGCGUGGUGGUGUUCUUGACGAAGGUCUUCUGCUACUCCCUGAUCUUGCAUCUAGGUAGCGAUGCUGAAAGACGCAUUCUUUCAAACACGGUGUAACUUAUCAAUGUUUCUGACCACACGCACGGUAAGUUCGUGGUGUUGAGUUGCAUGCCAGCCUGCUUUUGCGCUGUUAGCUGUUAGCUGCUAGCACUAGUCGCAUUGAACCUGGACGAUGUACUUCUUCGAUGGUAUUCCGUAUCUACCUACCUGGUGUUUACAUG